AUGUUCAACCUGCUGGCCGCGUCUCUCGCGGAUCUGUGGACGCAACGGUUCACCUUUGCGGCCAUGGGCCUCGACCUGCAACCGGUGACGGCCGCUGGCGAGGGAGUUCUGCGCCGGCCCAUCCUGUACGGUGUCAUGGUGCUGGCCACCAGCUUCGAGCUGUGCACCGUGUGCGCCUUCAUGGUGCAACACCGCCACCAGAUCGUGCUCUGCUCGGAGGCGCUGAUGCACGGCCUUCAGAUGAUCUCCUCGCUGCUCAAGAUGACCAUCUUCCUGGCCAAGUCCGGCGAUCUGAUCGCGCUCAUCCACCAGCUGCAGGAGCCCGCACCCAGCCGAGUGGUCCGUCGCGGCCAGAUGCUGGCUGCCGUCUACUUCCUGAUGUGUGCCGGGACGAGCGUCUCCUUCCUGCUGGUGCCGCUGGCCCUUACCAUGGUGCGGCUCUGCCAAACGGACCGGUUCGAGCCAGUCACCUCUUUUCGUGUGCUACUGCCGUACGAUGUGACCCAGCCGCAUGUCUAUGCACUGGACUGCUGCCUGAUGGUCUUCGUGCUGGCCUUCUUCUGCUGCUCGACGACUGGCGUGGACACUCUAUACGGCUGGUUCGCCCUGGGCCUGAGCUCCCACUACCGCCGCCUCACCGCCCAGCUGCAGCAACAUUUGCUCCACUGCGACCCAACUCGCCAGGACCUGGGCCUGCGCGAGCUGUUCGCCCAGCACGCGCGUCUGCUGGCCCUGGUGGCACGCUUCAACGCGGCCUUCCGGGCGAUCGCCUUCGUCGAGGUGCUGGUCAUCUGUGUGCUCUACUGCUCCGUCAUCUGCCAGUACAUCAUGCCGCACACGGACCAGAACUUUGCCUUCCUCGGCUUCUUCUCGAUGGUGGUGACCACGCAGCUGUGCAUCUAUCUCUUUGGCGCCGAGCAGGUGCGCCUCGAGGCGGAGCGCUUCUCGCGCCAGUUGUACCAGGUGAUGCCGUGGCAGGGCCUCUGCCCCAGCCAUAGGCGGCUGCUGCUGCUGCCCCUGCAGCGUGCCCAAAGGGACAUGGUGCUGGGCGCCUACUUCUUUGAUCUGGGCAGGCCGCUGCUCGUUUGGAUAUUCAGGACGGCGGGCUCCUUUACCACACUGCUAAAUGCGCUCUAUGCCAAGUACGAGACCUGA